AUGGAGGAGGAAGACGAAAGGAGAGAAGCGGCAAUAGCAUCGGCCCCUUCUUUACAGCCCAAUUUCAAGCCUGAUGGUGGAGGUGGCGUUACCAAACAUCAGAUCUCCAAGUUCCAAGAAUUGCAUAGGAGGCGUUUACAAAUUAAAGAAAAAACAACAAAUAAAAAGAAAUCCAAAGGGAUAGUUGAUAGGACUAGCAAAUCUCAUGGGAUGGCAAUCAAUGCUAAGGAUUGUACAGAUGAAAAUACGAGUAAAACAAUUGAAGAUUCUACUAUUCUCAUCUCAAAAAGCUGUGACAUUAAGGAUAUUUGUGCUCGCCAGCAGGAUGUUGUAGCAGCUUCUAUUGCGUCAAGGAAGCGCCAGAAGUUACAUUGGGGGCUUGACACAAAAGAAAGGUGGGAAAGGAAAUCGAACAUGUAG